GCGAGAGUUGUUGCUGCUGCUGACGUCACGUUCCCGUUACGCGCGCGCUCGAUGUCCUGCGCGCCGCAUUCGGAGCACCUCGAGCAUUAAAACGCAUCUGACCCGCAUCCAGAGCCUACAUCAGCACCCUCGGGGUCUAAUAGCCGAGCUCAAGAUGCUUCAGUCCCUCGCCGGUAAUUCGUGCGUGCGCCUGAUACAGAGCAACAAAUCGGCGUGGUACUUUCUGUUCCUGGUGCUCGGCUACGUGCUGUAUCUGAUCUUCGGAGCGGUGGUGUUUUCCUCGGUGGAGCUGCCGUAUGAAGACGACCUUCGCCAGCAGCUCAGAGAGAUAAAGAGACUUUUCCUCCAGGAGCACCAGUGUCUGUCCGAGGAGCGGCUAGAAAGGUUUCUGUCCAAAGCCCUGGAGGCCAGCAAUUAUGGGGUGUCAAUCCUUAACAACGCCUCGGCUAGCUGGAACUGGGACUUCACCUCCUCUUUGUUUUUUGCGAGCACCGUCUUAUCGACCACAGGAUACGGUCACACUGCCCCUCUCUCUGAUGGCGGUAAGGCGUUCUGCAUCAUUUAUUCAGUGAUUGGCAUCCCCUUCACCCUCCUCUUCCUCACGGCUGUGGUGCAAAGGAUCAUGGUCUACAGCACGUGGAGGCCCAUCAUGUAUGUUCACACACGCUGGGGUCUGUCUAAACCCCUGGUGGCCGUGGUUCACGCGACUCUGCUGGCUGUCGUGGCUGUGUCCUGCUUCUUCCUCAUCCCUGCCGCCAUCUUCUCUGUCCUAGAAGAGAACUGGAACUUUCUGGAGUCCUUCUACUUCUGCUUUAUCUCCCUUUCCACCAUCGGCCUGGGUGACUAUGUGCCCGGAGAGGCCUUUAACCAGAAGUUUCGUGAGCUCUACAAACUAGGCAUCACUGUGUAUCUCCUGCUGGGCCUGAUCGCCAUGCUGGUGGUGCUGGAAACCUUCUGUGAGCUCCAGCAGCUCAAGCAGCUCCGCAAGAUGUUUUACCUGAAGAAGGAGAAACCGCAGGACCGUCUGGCUAUCAUGGAGCACGACCACCUGGCCUUCUCAUCCAUGCCGGACGCCACCAUCCACUCGCCCCACGAGGACAAAUCCGAGCCCUUCGUGGACUUCCCUGUGCUGACCUCUCCAGGAGGAGACGACCCCAUGAUCAAAUAGAGCUUCAUCCACAUUGACCUUCUUCAGUGGAGGUGGACGACUUUAGCCGAGGGUCUUGAAGGUGACUGGGAGGCCAAGGAAAUGUGCAAAUUACUUGAAAAGGUCAUCUGAGAUUCUGCGUAUUUAACAGCCCUUCAAAAACAAUGCCCAUCAUGGCUUCCAGUUUCUUGAAGUGAUGAAGUUAUUCAGUUUUCACUGGCUGAAUAUCUGCAUAUGAUCGCCAUAAGCACACUUAGUGUAGGCCUGUCCGAUUAAAUCGAGAAAAACACGCAUAUAUUUUUGCACACUAAAUCUAGUAUGCACUUGCCGAUUGAGAUGAUAGACAUUAGCUUGGCAGCAUUUGUGAUGUAAUAUUGAUUACCACAAAAAAUAAUAUAUUUUUCUACCUCCAAAGAAUGUGGGUUUUACUGGGAUAAAUUAUCACUAUUUUAAUAGAAUAGGGUAUAUGCAGAGCUAGCGUUACUUCCCAUACUGAUAAACUUCCGGUGAACUGUUAAUGUGAU